AUGGAAAAAACGAAACAAUUAAAGUUGAAAGUGAAGAAAGAUGGUGAAUUCAUCCCUCCUGAUGGGGGUUGGGGAUGGAUGAUCAUAUUUGCUGCUGGAUUUUCUAACCUAUCAAUUCUACCAAUGUUCCAACAGUUUGGACUACUAUUUCGGGACAGGAUUGCACGUCUUGGAAUCAGCAGCUCAGAGACCACUACCAUCAUCAACAUGAAUGCUGCGCUGACGUCUUGCGUCGGUUUGGCUAAUGGACCAAUUUUUAAAAUCUUCAGCUACCGUCAAGUAGCUAUCGCAGGAACAAUUGUAAUAAUUAUAUCCUUGGUUUUAUCGACAUUCGCUUACAAUUUUAUAACUUUUUUAAUAUUUUAUUCAAUACUUUAUGGCGCUGGGUACGGUAUAAAUAGUUCUGCAAAUGCUUUAGCAUUAAACACAUAUUGGAAAGAUCGAAGAAGAUUGGCUACUGGGUUGUCAUGGACUACCACAGGACUUGGGCCAAUGAUUUGGCCUCAGGUAAUAACAGCACUUUUUGCUUACUACGGAGAAACUGGAGCAAUACUUAUAAUAAGCGGAUUUGCUAUGCAUUCACUUGCAUGUGCAUUAUUGCUACAACCUGUAGAGUGGCAUUCAAAAUCUCUAAAAGCAAAAAGUCAAGACGAAGAAAAGCUUUUAACUUCAGAUAUAAAGAAUAAUGUUGAUAAUGAAAAGAAGAAUAAUGAGAGUGGAUAUUUUAGUCACGUUUCUAAGUUAAAAAAUAUAAGUGUAUUUUCAAGUCAAUAUCUUUACAAUGAAGAUGACCCAGUAACGCCUGGUUACGAAAUAACUGACCCGGGGAUACCUAUGAUGGUGCGAUCAAAUGAUGGUUAUUUUAGUCAAUCAAGACAGUCUAAAAGUAAGUUAUCAUCUAGAGAUGGUUCUGCUAAAACCUCACGUCUUAAUUCAAAAAAGCCGUCUAUGACGAAUUUAGCGGAAAAUCGAUCACGAAAAUCAUCUACAUUGUAUUUAAAUGAAUCGAAAAAAAAUUCUUCUGCAAACUUAGGUGCACUAAGCCAAGAACGUGAAUCAAAACAAUCAAGUAAGCCAAAACGCAAAACUUCAGUAACUCUGAAUACUCAGAUUCCUGAAUCUGAGAUAGAGGACUGUCCAACCCUAAAAGCUCCCCAGGACUUAAGAGAUGAAGAAAAAGCUGUAGUUGAAAAAAUUGAUCCAGAAGAAGCAAAAUACAUUUCCGAUACAGCAGAAAAACAGUUGGCGGGAACUAAAAGUUUAAAAUCGCUUAAAGUGGACGGUCAAUAUAGUGAAAAAUAUAAUAAAGAUAAUCAUAGUAAUAUGUCGCUAAAGAAUCAAGAAGACAUAGACGAACGUAAAUAUUUAAAAGACAAUCAUAGCAAUCAAUCAGUUCGUACAAGACAUAGAAGAAAAUCGAAUAACUUUAAUUAUGAAAGUGAAGUUCUCAAACAAGCCUCUUUAAAACUAGAGCAAUAUUUACAGGACCAUAAAGAUGAUAAUAAGACAAACAAUUUUAAAGUAUUAGUUCAUAGUCCCUCAGACGAUAAUGUUUUUGAAGAAAAGAAAGAGCCAUAUAUACAAGAGGUUGACGAAAAUGAAAAAGAAUUGACUUUCUGUCAAAAAGUUUCCUUGUUCUUUGAUUUAGAUCUUUUGAAAGAUUUUACAUUUAUCAAUCUUAUGUUAGGAAUAACACUAGCGAAUUUUACUGAAUUGAACUUCUCUAUAAUGACGCCAUUUAUUCUCGGUGAUCUUGGUAUGAGUAAACCACAAGUGGCUUUCUUCAUGUCUCUUCUAGGUGGAGUUGAUAUUUCCAUCAGAUUUUGUGUUCCUCUAAUAGCUGGGAAAAUUGGGUGGGACAAUAACUCUUUCUUUUUAUUUGGUGUUAUUACCAUGGCCAUGGGUAGAGUAGUACUAGCAUAUUGGCAAGACUACACUAUUGCUUUGGUAGUGGCAGUAAUCAUAGGAUUAGGUAAAGGUCUCCGAACAGUGUUUAUGGCCCUAGUAAUACCUACUUAUGUACCAUUAGAAAAAUUACCUGGUGCUACUGGCAUACAACUUGUAACAGCUGGAAUUGUGUAUCUUUCAUUAGGACCAGUAGUUGGUUGGAUCAAAGACAAUUCAUCAUCAGCAGUUACGUUACAUAGCCUGAACAUAUUCACGUGGCUCACAGCGUUGUCUUGGGGCUUAGAAAAGUAUUUCACAACUAGAAGACUUAAAACUGAAACCGAAAUAGAAGCG